AUGGGUUUAUCGUUGAGAACGUGGGUCGCAAGUAUAAUCCUCCUUACAUAUCUCGUCCAUGGAGCUCUUGGUUGGGGAAUCGAUGGUCAUUACGCUGUCUGCAAAAUAGCUCAGAGCUAUUUUGAGGAAGAAACUUUAGUAGCAGUGAAGAAACUUCUGCCUGCAUAUGCAAAUGGUGAAGUAGCAGCUGUCUGCUCAUGGCCUGAUGAAAUCAAACGCCUCCCUCAGUGGAAAUGGACUGCAGCUUUGCAUUAUUCUGACACACCUGAUUACAAAUGCAACUAUGAGUAUUCACGAGACUGUCCGAAUGACAUAUGUGUGACAGGAGCAAUCUUCAAUUACACAACCCACUUAAUGUUUCAAAUCCACUAUAACUUGACAGAAGCUCUCAUGUUCGUAUCACACUUUAUGGGAGAUAUUCAUCAGGUUAAUCAAUCUCUUUACCAAAUUCAAGUUAUAUGCAAUUGCCCCUUACAUGUAGGUUUUCUUGGAGAUCAAGGUGGUAAUGGAGUAAAAGUCAAUUGGUACAACCAAGAAACUAAUUUGCACCGUGUGUGGGAUGACAAGAUAAUUGAGUCUGCUCUAGAGAAAUACUACAAUUCAAGCCUUUCAGUCAUGAUUCGUUCCCUUCAACACAAACUCAAGUACGGCUGGUCAAAACAUGUUCCGUCAUGGGAGUCAUGUCCACUUCACCAAACAGUCUGCCCAAAUUG